CUUCCGGCCGUCGAGCGUCCAGUCCCCGCUCCCGGCUCCCCGCGGACCGACGCGCGGGACGGUGCCCCCGGCCGCUCCCGCCCAGGCCCCGCCAUGUCCGGGCCCCAGGCCCCGGAGCCAGCCCCCGACGUGCAGGGAGACGGAGACGCCCCCACGGGCCCGCGGGGCGAAGAUGCGGCGGCCGGGACCCAGCACUCGCAGCGCAUGCUCAGCUUCAGCGAUGCCCUGCUGUCCAUCAUCGCCACGGUCAUGAUCCUGCCUGUGACCCACACGGAGCUCUCCCCGCAGCAGCAGUUUGACAAAAGCAUACAGAAACUUCUAGCAACCAGGAUCGCUGUCUACCUGAUGACGUUUCUCAUCGUGACCGUGGCCUGGGCAGCACAUACAAGAUUGUUCCAGGUUGUUGGGAAAAUAGACGACACCCUUGCCUUGCUGAACCUGGCCUGCAUGAUGACCAUCACCUUCCUGCCCUUCACAUUUUCCUUGAUGGUGACCUUCCCUGAGGCGCCCCUGGGCAUCUUCCUGUUCUGCACGUGCGUGAUCGCCAUCGGGGCCGUGCAGGCGCUGAUCGUGGCCUACGCGUUCCGCUUCCCCCACCUCCUGAACCCCCAGAUAGGGCGCUCCGCCCACCGGCGCCUCUACCGGCGGCACAUCCUGCGCCUUGUGCUCCGGGGCCCAGUGCUGUGCUUCCUGGCCGCCGGCUUCUCCCUGUUCUUCUACCCAGCGUCGUACCUGCUCUUGGCGACGGUCAUCGUCCUCCCGUACGUCAGCAAGGCCGCCAGCUGGUGCCGAGACAGGCUCGCGGGCCCCCAGGAGCCCCCGGUGCACAGCGUGGAGCUCCUCACCUUCACCCUGCAGGAGCCACUCAGCAAGGAGCGGGUGGAGGCCUUCAGCGAUGGGGUCUACGCCAUCGUGGCCACGCUCCUCAUCCUGGACAUCUGCUCGGACAACGUCCCAGACCCCAAGGACGUGGCAGGGCGGUUCCACGGCAGCCUGGUGGCCGCGCUGAGUGAGUCCGGGCCGCAGUUCCUGGCGUACUUCGGCUCCUUCGCCACGGUAGGCCUGCUCUGGUUCGCGCACCACUCGCUGUUCCUGCACGUGCGCAAGGCCACGCAGUCCAUGGGGCUGCUGAACACGCUCUCGCUGGCCUUCGUGGGCGGCCUGCCACUGGCCUACCAGCAGACCUCGGCCUUCGCCCGCCGGCCGCACGACGAGCUGGAGCGCGUGCGCGUCAGCUGCGCCAUCAUCUUCUUCGCUGGCAUCUUCCAGUUCGCCAUGUGGACCACGGCCCUGCUGCACGAGGCGGAGACGCUGCAGCCCUCGGCGCGGUUCGGGGGCCGGGAGCACGCCUUCAUGUUCGCCAAGCUCGCGCUGUACCCUUGCGCCAGCCUGCUGGCCUUCGCCUCCACCUGCUUCCUCAGCCGCUUCAGCACGGCCAUCUUCCACCUGAUGCAGAUCGCGGUGCCCUUCGCCUUCCUGCUGCUGCGGCUGCUGGUGCGCCUGGCCCUGGCCCUCCUGCGGGCCCUGCGCGGCCUGCGCCCGCCCGCCCAGCACCCUGAGGAGGGCCCGCGGGCCCCGCUGCUCCCUGCGCCCUGCUAGCCCGGCCUCACCGGGGCUUGGCCUGGCCAUGCCGCACGUGCCCAGCCCGUACCAGGACCCCACGCUCGGGCGGCCACGUCACCGGCGCUGGUCCUCGACACCAGGCGACCCCUCUGGGGCCCCGCCCGCCCGCCACCCCACACACCCGGAGCUCCCCGUGGCUGCUGAGCAGCAGACCGCCCUCCCCUCACGCCGGUCGGCACGCACAGACGGGAGCGAGACGGUGGCAAGGCAGCGCCCGGACUGUAUUGUGUCGGACGUGAGUUACAGUGCACGUACUGUGGGCUGCACAGCGGGCGCUUCUGGCGCAGACACUGAGCUACAGGACAGGCGGCCCCUGCAGACGUGGCGCCGCAGGGACGGGGGGCGGAAGGGAGCAGCCCAAGAGGCACAAGAGACGACACGGCAAGCUGCUCAGUGCAACGUGGGUGCGACUUUGGCAGAAGCUGGGGGGUACGUCUGAAGUGGAGGCAAAGCCACCUGGGGAAGCCAGGGCUGGCCCUGCCAGAGGUGCCAGCAGCAGAGGGACCCCGCCCGGGGUCGACAGCGGAAACUGUGGGGCCACGGGAGGCUGCCCCAGCCGACUGAAGGUCCGGUCAGGCUCCUCCCGGGGUCCGAGGUGUGGCUGUGUGGGUCCUCCAGGCUCGGGCUGCAGGCGGCCUGCCCCGCAGUCCCGUCCAGCCGCACUGCAACCACAGAAGCCCGGUCUGCUCAGCAGACACGGGACAGCCACGCGAUUGUUUGCAAACAAGUCACAAAGUGCCACGCGUCCCUGGUGAUUAAAGCCGGCUCCCCCACUUCCUGCUGUCACUGCUUUCUCUGGCCUGGGGGCUCGGUCACUCGGUCUGGUCCCUUCCAGGCACUUCUGCCAGCCCCUCCGGGCACCACACCCCCUCCUCGGGGGCUGGGCUCAGCCCGCCUGGCCGCCUCAGGCCCUGCUGUGCCGCGUGGUCGCUCCCAGGCCACAGCCAGGCUCACGGUGCUCAGGGCAGGAGACUGGAGUGGCUAGUGGCGGAGAGGCCCCUGUGCCUGUGCU